UCGUCUACAUCUGCGUUUCUCUUCUGUAACUGUUAGAUCAUUCAAAUGGAAUUUGGCGUAUCAUUUGAAAAACAAAAUCCCGCUCCUAUUUCUUGGGAAUGUCUCUUAUCAUCUAAGAAGCAGUUGCUUUCAUGUUUGAUGCUAUUUGUCUCCUAUUCUUCAUCGCGUCUCAAGUUCUCUGCUGUGGCCACCAAAUGUUCGACGGAAGUUCCGAGAGACAAAUUUUGUGCAGAAACGGUCGAUUCUUUACAGCCUGAAUGUUUCUGCAAAUGUCGGUGGCGAGCAGUGAUCCAUUUCGAACCUUGAAUAUCAUUUUCAUUGAUUUCGAAUCCGAAUCUCUUCUCCACGGAAGAUAAAUUCCCAGGAUCAAUGGGGAAUUCGGUUGGUUCGGUAUUCUCUGGAGUUGGACAUGUUGUUGGAAAUAUUUUCGGCCAUCCUCUUGAUUUCCUCUCUGGAAAAGCUUGCAACUCAGUAUGUACACCAACAUGGGAUUUCAUCUGUUACAUCGAAAACUUCUGCGUGGCACAGUUGUUGAAGUUUGUGAUGGUUGCAAUCUUGGCCUACUUCGUGCUCUUGUUCUUUUAUUUAUUGUUCAGCUUGGGAAUCUGCCAAUGCAUUUGCCGCACGCUUUGUCGCAUUAUAUGGUGCUUUUUCUCUAGCUAUUUCUCAGCACUACACUGCUGUUGCUCCUACUUCUGCCUCAAGCUUCAAUCUGUGAAGCAGAAUCGGAGGAGGCGAGACGUUGAAGCACCAAGCAGUAGUAGUAGCAGCAGCAGUAGUAGAAGAAGUAGUAGUGUUGGAGAGGAUGAAGGUGGAGAAAUGUCGACAUUUGGACCGCGUAGGAACAUGGAGUGUAAGAGAUCGGAGUUGAGCAAGAGGAAGAGGUACAAAGAGGAGCAUUUGAAGAGAUCUUUGAGGGCUAAUUCUCAUCGAGCUGGCGUUGAGGUUUCUGGGAAUUCUCGUCGUUUGAGUAGGAUGAAGAAUGUUGAUGAUCAUAUUCGAGUGACUAAGAAUUCGAAAUUCGCCCGCAAGGUAUCGAGGAAUGGGGCUAGGCCUCGUCGCGGGAGACCUAGCCCUAUGUUGGAAAGUAGAGUGACUGAGUAAUGAGUCAUGUUUUAUGUAUUCAGAAUGUGUAGGGCUCUCGAGAAUGCCGUGAAUAGUUAUUCUAUGGAAGCAAUGUUGGUCAAUGGUAUUAUUGUUGUGAUAUGUGGAAUUAUUAGCUUGCAUUAAUUCAUAUUAAAUUUCACAUAUCAUCAAGUAUAAACAAUAAAAGAUAACGAGAAUGAAAUUCUUUGUUAUUUGAGAGUA